AUGGGUAUUUAUUUGGUAAUAAUGGGUUGUGCACAACCAUCCAGGAGUGUUUUACCAUCUAAUCAUAUUCCUAUUGAACGAUUAUAUGAUAAUGGAAGUUAUCCAAUAAUGAGAACUCCUCCUAAUAUUAUGAUUACUGCACCACCUACACCAUCUUAUGUAAAAAGUGCAUUAAAAAAAACUAAUCCUGAUGAAAAACGAAGAACAGAAAGACAUAUGUUUUUACAACGACAACCAUUACCCGCUAUUAAAUCAGUGAAUUUUAAUGAAGAAGUAUUAGUUAAAGCUCGUACACCUACACCAAGUAAAAUAUGGUAUGAAAAAGCAUCAUCAACUAUGCCAAUGAGACUAAAUCCAUCUAAUGAUGAUUAUGAUGAUUAUGAUGAUAAUGAUGAUUAUGAUGAUGACGAAGUUCUAUCAGAUGAGGAACAAAAAAGUAAUGAACAGAUGGACACUGAAUCAUAUGUACCAAGAUUAGGAACUCCAAUUCCAUUACUACGAAAAAACAAGAUAAAUCCUUUUUGGAAUAGACCUAAUACAGUAAGACUUAUGCCUCCAAGAGAUUCAACACUAAAUAAUGAAUCAUUUCUAUUUAAUUCACAGCAACAUACUUUCGAAAUGAAUACAAAUACAACAGAAAAUUCCACUGCUUCACUAGGAAAUCGUAUAAAAGUACGACAAAGACUAGCUCCUUUUGGUCCACCACAAAUUUCACCCGAUUCUUCAGAUGAACAUCCUCAACAAUCUUCAGUCGUUUCUCUUCAUCAACCUUCUCGACAACUUUCAGCCGUUCUUCCUCAGCAAUCUCCUCGACUAUCUUCAACCGUUCUACUUCGUCCAUCUCCUCGACAACUUUCAGCUGUUCUAAUUCCUCAAUCUCCUCGAUUACCAUCAGCUGUCCUUCUUCCUCAAAAUCCUCAACAACCUUCAACCAUUUUUCUUAAUCAAUCGCCUGCACAACCUACAACAGUUUCUGCUUAUCGGGUUCCUACACAAGCUUCUAUUGUUCCUUCUUACCAAUCUCCUGUACAACCUCGAACUGUUCUAUCUUAUCAAUCGCCUAUACGACCUCAAACUGUUCUACCUUAUCAAUCGCCUGUACAACCUCGAACUGUUCUACCAUAUCAAUCACCUGUACAACCUCAAACUGUUCUACCUUAUCAAUCGCCUGCACGACCUCAAACUGUUCUACCUUAUCUAUCGCCUGUACAACCUCAAACUAUUCUAUCUUAUCAAUCUCCUGUACAACCAUCUUCUGAAACCGUUCAGUAG